AUGUACCCCAGGACUCGCUCGCACUUCAACAAACGACGCGCUCUGGCAGUGGGGGGCGAGCGGGAGUCGCGUCGCCCGCCUCGGCCCCGGGAGCUGGCGUCGUCUGAGCCCGCGUCGCGGAGCAGCAGGUCUUCGUUGGACGGCCACACUGGCAGGGACGUCGACUUCAGGCCCGGCCGCAGGACCCCCAGCAGGCGCUGCUGCCGGCGACGGGUCCGCUGGAAGGAGGCCGUGACAGCCUUCGGGGGCGGCUGCCAAGACGUGAUGAGGCGACACACCGAGCACCGGGGGCUGCGCCUGGUUCAGAGGAGCCGCAUAGCAAGUGCGGGCGGCCCUUACACACGGCUUACAGUCCCCAGUCACACGGGCAAGGCCAUCGGCCCUCCUGCGGCCUCCCCCUCGGGGCAGGAGCGGCCCGAGCUGGACAUCCGCUUCAGAAGGAGAGGAGGCUUCCGGGGAGCUCUCAGGCCGGAGCGCUUCUUCGCCCCCUGCGCUGUUUCUGCUGGUCACCCCCUGGGCCGGAGACCUGCCCCGAGGGUCGGCUCCGCCCUGCGCUCCAGCCGCCUGUCGGCGGCCACGCCUGCCCCCGUGCACGGAGAGAAGGCGGCAGUGGCAGUGACAAAGCACACACCGCUCUCGCCGCACGGGGGAGCCACUCGCUUGUUCCGCAAUGAGCUGACGAGGCAGGUGGCCAUCGCCCUCAGCGGCCAGGGGAAGAAAAGGCAAUGGAGGCCGAGGAGCAAAAACCGGCCCGAAUGCUUGAGGUCGACGGUCACGCCCCAGACCCGAGCCCAGGCAGCGGUGCUCGCUGCGGAGGCAGGCGUCCCCGUGGGGCGGCUUGAGAAACACCGCAGCCACCGCCUGCUGCGGUGCCUGAGGGGGGCAGCCACGCACAUCCCAGGCAGCUCGCUGUUCCGGCUCCUGCCCCGCAUCUCCAAGGACAGGCUGGUGGGGGGCAGCAGUGGGGGUGCUGUCAACAAGGUGAAUCUUGGCACGCACCGAGGGUGUCUCUGUUUGAGUCACGCAGGCGAGUCAUCGGAGGAAGUCGACCUGACCCUGGUCUACCAGGCGGCAGCGAAUGGCGAUGUCGGGGCUCUGACGGCUGCGAUCCGGGAGGACCCGUCUGUCCUCGAGUGCUGUGACGGCGAAGGGUGCACCCCCCUGAUGCACGCGGUGUCUGGGCGUCAGGCGGACACGGUGAAGCUGCUGCUGAAGAUGGGCGCCAGCGUCAACACCCAGGACGCCCACGGCCGCACCAGCCUGUGCCUGGCCUCCUACCUGGGCUGGCUGGAAGGCUGCGUGAGUCUGCUCCGGAACGGCGCCAAGCACAGCAUCCCCGACAGGAACGGCCGCCUGCCGCUGCACGCGGCCACGGCAGACCCCGACGCGAGGCUCCUCGCGGUGCUGCUGCAGCAGUCGAACCCCGGUGAGAUCAAUCACCAGGACAACGAGGGAAUGACGCCCCUGCACUGGGCAGCUUUCCACAACCAGCCGCAGCACACCCAGAUGCUGCUGAAGAGGGGGGCGGACCCCACGCUUGCGGAUCGGGACUUCAAGACGGCCCUCCACUGGGCGGUGCAGAGCGGGAACCGCGCGCUGUGCUCCCUCAUCCUGAGCCACCAGCGGGGCCCGUCCAUCAUCAACUGCGACGACGGGAGUGGCAAGACGUGCGUGCACCUGGCCGCCGCGGCGGGCUUCAGCGACGUCCUCGCCGAGCUGGCCAGGGUCCCCGAGUGCAACCUGCAGGCCCUGGACGUGGACGACAGGACACCCCUGCACUGGGCGGCGGCGGCGGGGAAGGCGGAGUGCGUGCGGUCCCUGCUGGACCUGGGCGUGGACAGCACCCUGCGGGAUGUGCACGACAGCGUGGCGCUGGCCUACGCCCUCCGCGGCGGCCACCUGGCCUGCGCCCGGCUCCUCUCCCCACCGCGCAGGACGGAGCCCGCUCACCCGCCGGCGCCCCAGAGCGGCAGGCCCCUGAAGAGGGAGGGAGGCCUCGGCGUACUCAACCAGAUCUUCGGCAAAAGCAGGAAAGAGGAGCAGCGGGCCGCUGCGGAGGACGGCAGCAGGGACACCCGCAAGGGGGGGCCCCCCUCGGAAGUCGAUGACAUCAUCGCCACCUUCGACAGCGUCCUGGGCACCAACUGCCAGCAACAGCCUGGGGACCAGGCGCCCAUGGUCGGCUUCAAAAAGAGGACCCCUGAGGAGUCAAAGUACCUCUGGCCAGAGAAGAGGCCUCUGGCCCGGCAGGGGCUCCCACCGAUCCGGACGCAGAGCCUCCCGCCCAUCACCGCGGGCAACCGCUUCCCCACGGCUGGCCCUGGGGCCACGCCCCCCGCCGGCCCCGGCGCCGGCCCCCAGCACGCGGGCCCACCGUCGCAGAAAAGCCGGAGCGAGCAGGACUUGCUGAGUGGCCAGCCAGGCGGCCAGGCGCUGCUGGGCAACCCCUGGCGCAGCGGCCCCCGCCUGGGGCUCUGCCGGGCGUGGCCGGCGUCCCCCGCCGACAGGCUGCUGUGGGGCAGGCCCAGGCAGCCGGACGCCCCGGGGCCUCCGCGCCUCCCGCACCUGCUCAGCCCCUCCGCAGGACAAAAUUUUCAGCCUCUGUCUCCAAACGGACCCAAAACCAGGGAACUCGCCUUCGCCCGGAGCAGCCUAGCCCCACUGCCCGACCAAAAAUUUCUGUCUGGAGAGCCUCUACGAGCGAACCGGGUGCUUCCGGCCAUUCCAAGCCACCGGGGAGCCAGCCCAGCAGCCGGGGAGAGCAACCACGCUGCCACCCCCACCACUGACGGCGACUGA